GGUGGCUGUACUACGCCGACAGCCGCGCCGGAGGCUUCACCGAGCUGCCGCUCAUCCUCUGGCUGCAGGUGAGCACAGCGCUGCACUCCCAGCUGUCCCAUUCCAGCCCUUAAGAGAGCGCUGAGGUCAGUGGGGAGGGAUGCUGGUGGCUGAAGGCCCAUCACAGCUCCCAGUAACAUCUCCCAGUCACGUUGCAGAAGCAGACACUGCUGCUAGCUGUGAUGCUGCAGUAGUGCUCUGUGCUGUGCAGUACCACAGCUCGGCAGCUCCACGGUGCCUUUGGCAGCAGGCCUGCAGCCUGAGCAGUGCUGUGAGAGUGGGUGAAGCUGUUAGAGACCUGUGGUAAGUUCUGUAAGGGAGCAACUGAGAGAGGCUGUCUGUCACUGUAAUUGGUCCCGGUCAGUCACAACUGAUAACAGUCAUCAGUGUGUGCUCUGCAUUCACCUCCAGAGCUACGUUUCAGAAGUGAACAUUGGAUAUGGCUGCUUGGUCCUUUCCCUUCUGUGUUAUUAAAGAAUAAAAUAUGUGUACUGUACAUGCUAGUUAAAAAAAAAAAAAACCAACACCUAAUGCCUCACGAACUUCUGUAUUUUGGUUAGUUUUUGUACUUGAGAUUAAGAGAAUAAGGGUAGAAGUUCUCAAACAGCGCCCAGCAUACAGCUCAUCAGAUGCUUUCACAUGUGGGUGGUUACUUCUCUGUUCAGAAGCCUUAUGUAUACGUAGUGAAAGACAGUGAGGAACAGAGCCCUCUUUGCAAGUUACUGAGGAGUGCAAAGGGCACUUCAGACUUCCUGUAUGAUGUUGUGCUUACUGUGUUGUUUUGUUCUGCUCCUGUCUCCCAUGCCUAUGUUGCAGGCAGCCAGUAUCUUAUUUGUGGACAAUCCUGUGGGCACUGGAUUCAGUUACGUAGAUGACUGCAGCUUGUUUGCCAAAAACCUAACCACAGUGGUCUCUGACAUGAUGGUUUUUCUUAAAGAAUUCUUCACACACAGAACAGAAUUUCAGAGCAUCCCAUUCUACAUAUUUUCUGAAUCUUACGGAGGUAAAAUGGCUGCUGGCAUUGCUUUAGAGCUGCAUAAUGCUGUACAAAAAGGAAGCAUAAAGUGCAACUUUGCUGGGGUUGCUCUUGGAGACUCAUGGAUUUCUCCACUGGAUUCUGUGCUGUCUUGGGGACCCUACCUUUAUAGCACUUCUCUCCUUGAUGAUCAUGGUCUAGCAGAGGUGACUGCUGUUGCUAAAGAAAUAAUGGAUGCAAUAAAUAAAAAUGAAUAUGGACUGGCCACUGAGCUCUGGAGUAAGGCUGAAGGUAUCAUUGAAGAGAACACAGACAAUGUGAACUUUUAUAACAUCAUGACUAAGGAAGUUCCAGAAAUGAAAGCAGAUGAACAAGAAAAUUUUCAUCUUGUUAGACUUUACCAACGUCACGUGAAAAUUAUGCAUAAGAACAACCUAAAUGAAUUGAUGAAUGGACCUAUCAGAAAGAAACUAAAAGUUAUUCCUGACUGUGUAAAAUGGGGAGGUCAGUCCACAAAAGUCUUUGAGAACAUGGCUGAGGACUUCAUGAGACCUGUCAUUGACAUUGUUGAUCAGCUCUUAGCAGCCAAUGUCAACGUCACAGUCUAUAAUGGGCAGCUGGAUCUCAUUGUUGACACCAUGGGCCAGGAGGCAUGGAUCCGAAAACUGAAAUGGCCUGGCUUGAAGGAGUUCAGCCAGCAGAGGUGGAAGGCGCUUUAUGUGUCUCCAGAAUCCACUGAUACAGCUGCUUUCCACAAGGCCUAUGAGAACUUUGCUUUCUUCUGGAUUCUUAAGGCUGGGCACAUGGUACCAUCUGAUCAAGGAGAGAUGGCCCUGAAAAUGGUCAGGAUGGUGACCCAACAGAAGCACUAGGGGGAAGGGAGGCCAGCUGGUAUGGCCUCCAGCUGAGUGCCAGUGUUCUUGUGGAAUGUGAGUUCAAGAACAAAUAAGCUGCAGGAGGAACAACUGGUAUUUGGACACAGCCUCUCUGAUCUUCCUGAUGAUGGGUGAAAGCAUUUAUGAAAAGGCAUACUUCUCCUUGAAUAAGCUCUUGCUUUUGAAUUUCUAAGAUGUGAUUUGCUGCCUUAAUACUCUUCAUAAUGACUCUUCCAAGAUAAUUCCUGUGUCAUAAACAACUAGCUGUAAGCCUUUGUCUUGGAAGGAUUUUGUGCUUUUUUUUUUAAAAAAAAAAAAAGAGCUGUCCUCCCCAUUUUGUUUUCUUGUUUGUUUGAACAGCAAGACUAAGACUGACUUUUGUCCUGGUAGAUUAGCUGCUUGUUCCUUUCACAAAUCAGGUUUGCUCUUGGAGAUUUUUGGAAUACUUCCUUUCCAUGUCCUUGGACAUUUGUCCUUGAGUUACCUGGCUGGAUUAGAAGCUGUGGAUUUGAAGAUGCCAGAAUACCAGACCCACACAAGAGGGUCUACAGUCCAUCUCAGUGAGAUGAGGUGCCUGAAUUAGGAUCCACAAUUCCUCAGGCUUUCUCCACAGCCUCCCUCCAGGAGAGGACUUAAUCUCUUUCAUCUGCCCAUUUCUCCAUUUCAUUCAGUUUUUAAUGACCCAAAUUUUGUCUUUAGCCUUAACAUCUGCAGCGCAUCCAGCAGCAAUUCCUGCUUUCCUCUAUGCCGAAGGAGGAGCCCUGCAAUACCCUCUUCUUGUGCAGAAGAGAAUCGUAAUGGACUGAAGCCUCCUACAAGCUUCUCAGCAUAGGCUGGAGAGUGGAAAGCAGAAUGUUAUUGAAACAAUAGUAGCAUAAUUCUGGAAGUUACUAGCAGUACCUAAAACAAGGAUUUACAAAGAACCAAUAUUUUUACUACUUUUUCUAGAUCUCUUAAGUCUCAUAGAGACUUCCUGAUUUUGGAAGCAACACUUAUGAUACAGAAUGCUGUCAAAAAGAAGACUUGAUCAGGCAUCAUUUGACUUCUGCUAUGGAGUAUAAGGUGACUGUUCUUUAUCAGUGUCUGAUAGGAAGCAUCACAGCUUGUUCCAGCUGUCAGAAUACCAAAUAAAUAGCAACCGGCCAAUUCCUCCUGCAACUGAAACUAUCGUGAAAUGUCUGAUAGCACUGGCUGAGCGAAGACUGAGGCAUAAUGAUAUGUAAACACACAUGCAGUCUCCCAGCAGAUGGAGUAUUGGCACCUACUAAUUGCUUUCCUUCUUGUUCUCUGCUUGAACUGUGUUCAUGAGAACUUCAGCAAUGCAAAUCCAGACUUUUCAAACACAUAUCUUAAUAAAUACAAGCAGUCUAAUGUAA